UCACAGUGCAUGUGCAGUUCCGAGGGUUUUUGUGGGGGGUUUUCUGCUUUCGGAGGCGUAGCAGAGAAAUUGCUGCUUUUGAAGCUCUAGUCCUGGAGAAACUGAGAAGUAUUAUCCUAACUAGAUAGCCAUAUGAGGAAUUGAGACAGAAAUCAAGGUGGAAGUACGACACAGAUCGCAACCUUUCUUCCCUUCAUCCUCCUCCGUAACCCAUGCUGAAACAUCUGUCUUCCUCCUGUUUUCAAGGGAGAUUACGGAUCCUACACACUAGGUUCCCUGACGGCGCGGCCAAUUGCGGGCUCGCGAAGAGACACUUAUUACGAUUUAUUGGGUCUUUAAGGAGUUCUACUGGCGAAGCAACUUUUUUUCGGCAGACUGCUUUAUUCAGCUCGGAGUCUGGGGAGGGAGAUGGCGGCACGGAUAAAGCGGUGUACGCUUCUUCCGAAGCAGAUGCGGAUGAGGCUAAGAGUUCGUCAGCCAUAGUGCCAACGACUCCCCGGCCAGAAGAUCACCUGACGGUUAUAGCUGUGCCACUUCCACACCGGCCACUUUUCCCUGGUUUUUACAUGCCAGUCUCCAUCAAGGAUUCUAAACUUCUUUCAGCUUUGGCGGAAAACUGUAAAAGAUCAGUUACAUAUGCGGGUGCUUUUCUUUUCAAAGAUGAGCCUGGAACUGACCCUAGCCUGGUGACUGGUACAGAAAUAGGGAAAAAUAUUUAUGAUUUCAAGGGUGGUCAAGAAUUGUUUGACCGCCUACAUGACAUUGGUACCCUGGCUCAGAUAAGUAGUAUCCAAGGAAACGAGGUUUACCUUCUUGGUCAUCGCCGUUUAAGAAAAACAGAGAUGGUUGAUGAAGAACCUCUUACAGUUAAAGUUGAUCACCUGAAGGAAAUUCCCUAUAACAAAGAUGAUGAUGUGAUAAAAGCGACCUAUUUUGAAGUUAUUUCAACAUUAAGAGAUGUUUUGAAGAUAAGUUCAGUUUGGAGAGAAUAUGCUAAAACAUAUUCUCGGUACAUUGGUGAUUUCACAUAUGGAAGGCUAGCAGAUUUUGGAGCUGCUUUAUCUAUGGCCAAUAAGUUACUUUGCCAGCAAGUGCUUGAAGAACUUGAUGUGCACAAGCGCUUGAAGCUCACACUCGAGUUAAUUAAGAAAGAGAUCGAGAUCAAUAAAAUACAGGAAUCAAUUGCAAAAGCCAUUGAGGAAAAAAUAUCUGGUGAGCAGCGGCGCUAUCUUCUAAAUGAGCAACUAAAAGCAAUCAAGAAGGAGCUUGGUUUGGAAACUGAUGACAAAACUGCACUUUCUUCAAAGUUUAGGGAAAGGAUUGAUCCAAAAAAGGAUAGAUUCCCAGCUCAUGUAUUGCAGGUUAUCGAAGAAGAGCUUGCGAAGCUGCAGCUGCUGGAAGCCAGCUCUAGUGAGUUUAAUGUUACUCGCAAUUAUCUUGACUGGCUUACUGCUUUACCUUGGGGAGACUACAGUGAUGAAAACUUUAAUGUCCAUAAUGCACAAAAGAUUUUAGAUGAGGACCAUUAUGGCUUAUCUGAUGUGAAGGAAAGAAUUCUGGAAUUUAUUGCUGUUGGAAAUUUAAGAGGAACUUCACAUGGGAAAAUCAUAUGUCUUUCUGGUCCUCCUGGAGUUGGUAAAACUAGUAUUGGGCGUUCAAUUGCACGUGCUCUGAACCGGAAAUUUUAUAGGUUUUCAGUGGGAGGUUUGGCUGAUGUUGCUGAAAUCAAGGGUCAUCGUCGAACCUACAUUGGUGCAAUGCCAGGAAAAAUUGUCCAGUGCUUGAAAAGUGUUGGAACAGCUAACCCUCUUGUUCUAAUUGACGAAAUUGACAAGUUAGGCAGAGGUCAUGCUGGUGAUCCAGCUAGUGCUCUGUUGGAGCUUCUUGAUCCUGAGCAAAAUAUGAACUUCCUAGAUCACUAUUUAGAUGUUCCUAUUGAUCUCUCAAAAGUGCUCUUUGUUUGCACAGCAAAUGUAAUUGACACUAUUCCGAAUCCUCUCCUGGACAGAAUGGAAGUGAUUGCUAUUGCUGGUUAUAUAGCUGAUGAAAAGAUGCACAUUGCAAGGGAUUACCUUGAGAAGUCAACUCGUGAAGCUUGUGGUAUAAAGCCUGAACAAGUAGAAGUAACAGAUGCAGCUUUACUUGAACUAAUAGAAAAUUAUUGCCGGGAGGCUGGUGUGCGGAAUCUGCAGAAACACAUUGAGAAGAUAUACCGCAAGAUAGCUCUUCUUCUAGUUCGUAAGGCAAUUUCAAACGAGCCAUCGAAUGCUAAAACUUUCGAGGAGCUUGAAAGGGCAGAAAUUGAUCCAUCCACAAACCAAAGUACAAGAGUUGGCGAACAAACUGACACGGGGGUCAGUGAAGUGAUUGAUACAGAAGAAGAAGCUGUUGAUGAUGCUGUGAUUGAUAAAGUUGUAAUUGAUGUUUCAAAUUUGGUUGGUUUUGUGGGUAAACCAGUAUUCCAUGCUGAUAAAAUCUAUGACCAAAUGCCAAUAGAAGUUGUUAUGGGGCUAGCAUGGACUGCUUUGGGCGGAUCUACACUAUAUGUUGAAACGACGCUCAUCGAGCAAGGAGAAGGCAAAGGCACGCUUCAUCUUACAGGUCAACUUGGAGAUGUCAUGAAGGAGAGUGCGCAGAUUGCCCACACUGUUGCCCGAGCAAUUUUGCUCGAGAAAGUUCCAGAAAGUUCUUUUUUUGCAAACUCAAAACUUCAUUUGCACGUACCUGCUGGCGCGACGCCAAAGGAUGGGCCGAGUGCUGGGUGCACCAUGAUCACAUCAUUGCUCUCCCUUGCGACAAAUAGGGCUGUAAGAAAGGAUCUUGCCAUGACUGGUGAGGUUACAUUGACUGGACGUAUUCUUCCAAUUGGUGGGGUUAAGGAGAAGACUAUUGCUGCAAGGAGGAGCGAGGUGAAGACGAUCAUAUUCCCCGCUGCAAAUCGAAGAGACUUUGAUGAGCUUGCUGAUAAUGUGAAAGAGGGACUUGAUGUCCAUUUUGUUGAUGAUUACAGACAGAUAUUUGAGCUUGCUUUCGAAGAAUCCGCAGCUCCGAAAGCCGAUGGUGUUGGUUUAAAUUCUUGUGCUGAAUCAUAGCUAGCACCCUUGCAAGACUCAGACAGUUCGCACCCAACACAUUAUAAUUUUGUUAAGGUUUACAUCAUUUAGUUAUCACUCUCAAACAAAAUUUUGCAUUAUUCUUUCUUUGUCAAGAGUUUAUGAGCCGAAUGAUAAUAUAGAGAAAUAUGCAUAAUUGAUGAUUGAUAAUCAUAUUACUCGGAAGCUGUCUAGAUGAUCUCGGAAACAUUCAUUUUGUAUUGAUACUUUUUUUUAUUUAAU